ACUUUUGAAAUAAGCUUUUUGAAUUUUUUUCCUUCGGGACUAUAAUUAACUCGUCCAUAAUCAUGAUAAUUGCCAUGAGCACAGCGGUUUACAACUUACUUUGGUGAAUAUCUUCCAAGAGCAAGAUGAAGCCGCUGUUUUUCGUUAGUUGUGGUCUCUUGUUGAUCUCCUUGGCAAUAUGCCAGGUGAGCUCUCGCUCUGCGGACAAUGCCAGGUACGAACCAACGUGGAAGUCGCUGGACAACCGUCCUUUACCCGGUUGGUAUGAUGACAGUAAAGUGGGAAUCUUUAUCCACUGGGGUGUCUUCAGUGUACCUGCUCUGGGGGAGUGGUUCUGGGAGGAAUGGAAAGGUCGCCACGAACCUGAAUUUGUGAAGUAUAUGGAUAAAAACUAUCCUCCCGGAUUUGAGUAUGCUGACUUCGGACCAAUGUUCAAGGCUGAUUUGUGGAAUCCUGAUGAGUGGGCUGAUCUGUUUGCGAAGUCAGGUGCAAAGUACAUUGUGCUGACCAGUAAGCAUCACGAAGGCUUCACAUUAUGGCCAUCGGCAGAGUCGUGGAACUGGAAUUCCAUGGAUACUGGUCCGCAUCGUGACUUGGUGGGAGAGCUCGCGGCUGCAGUCCGCAAGCACCCCUCGUUACACUUCGGUCUGUAUCAUUCGCUGUUCGAGUGGUUCAAUCCCAUCUUUCUGCAAGAUCAGAAGAACAACUUCACAACACAAAACUUUAUCAGGGAGAAAACUGGGGCAGAGUUGUAUGAGAUCGUCAAGCAGUACAAACCUGACGUGAUCUGGUCAGACGGUGAUUGGUCAGCAGACUACAACUACUGGAACAGCACUCACUUCCUGGCUUGGCUCUACAAUGACAGUCCCGUCAAGGACACUGUGGUUGUCAAUGAUCGCUGGGGUAUUGGUUCAAUGUGUCAGCAUGGGGACUUCUUCACUUGCGCCGAUCGCUACAACCCUGGACACUUGCUAACUCAUAAGUGGGAGAAUGCCAUGAGCAUUGACAAGAACUCCUGGGGUCUCGACCGGACAACUCAGUUCAAAGACUACCUCACUAUUCAGGAGCUGAUUAACGAGAUUGUCAUCACGGUCAGCUGCGGAGGGAAUAUUCUUGUCAACGUGGGGCCAGGAUCCGACGGCCGCAUCCUGCCAAUUUUCCAGGAGCGCCUCCUGCAAAUGGGUGCGUGGCUGGAAGUGAACGGUGAAGCAAUUUAUGGUUCACAUCCCUGGUCAACACAGAACGACACGCGCUCUGGUAGUGUUUGGUACACACGUAACGAGGCUAACACCAUUACAUAUGCUAUUGCGCUAACAUGGCCAGAAAGCGGACAGCUGGUCCUGGGCUCGGUUGCCAUGGCACCAAGCCGCGUUACGUUGCUAGGUUACAACGGACCUGUUCACAGCACGCACUCAUCAGCAAGCGGCCUCACCAUCACUCUACCACAGCUCCCUGCUGCUGGAAAGCUGGAAUGGGCCUGGACGUUCAAGCUCAGCUACACUCAAGAUAAUCUCACCAAGGACGACGCACAUCGCGCACACGUCAUUGUUUGAACACAACACAUGCACGCAUUAGAAGCAUAGGUGAUUUUUAUACAUUUAUUAUUAUUUCACAUUAUUAUUCACUUGAAACAGUGUGAGAAUAUCAUAAUUAUUGAUUAUGUAUAUUUAUCAUAAUUAUGUUCUGUUCUGUUUUGAAUAAAAUAAUAUGUCGAUUUUUCCAAGAAGUUAAA